UCACAGAGAGACAGAGACGGAGAAACCAUGGCAGUUCGAAGGCGAGCUUCAACAAACUCGUCCUCCUCGCCGCCGCCGCAAAGCAGCCAAGGAGCAGAAACCGUACCAGUCUCAUCACCCAAGUCAGGUCUAAUCCUCAAGCUCACCCUCUUGUUCUCAAUCCCAUACUUGUACCUUGUCUUUUACCAUUACAACAUCGAGGCUGAGCUCCGCAAAUCGAUUCUGAUCAAUGCCGGCCUCAGCCUGGCUGCUUUUUUCGUCACCGUUAAGAUGAUCCCGGUGGCCUCCCGAUACGUUCUCCGGCGCAAUCUGUUUGGCUACGAUAUUAACAAAAAGGGUACUCAUCAGGGUACUCUCAAAGUGCCAGAGUCAUUGGGCAUCGUAGUUGGAAUUGUCUUUGUGGUCUUUUCAAUAUUAUUUCAGUAUUUCAACUUUGCUCCAGAUUCAAAUUGGCUUGUUGAGUACAAUGCAGCAUUAACCUCCAUUUGCUUUAUGGUAUUGCUGGGAUUUGUAGAUGAUGUCCUCGAUGUACCGUGGAGAGUGAAAUUAGUACUGCCAUCAAUUGCAGCUUUACCUCUGCUAAUGGCUUAUGCUGGACAUACAACAAUAAUCAUACCGAAGCCUCUUGUUCCAUAUGUUGGGCUAGAGAUCUGGGAUCUAGGGUGGAUGUAUAAACUAUACAUGGGACUUUUGGCUGUUUUCUGUACGAACUCAAUUAAUAUUCAUGCUGGAUUGAAUGGUCUUGAAGUUGGGCAGACAGUUGUAAUUGCAUCUGCUAUUUUAAUACACAAUGUUAUGCAAAUAGGAGGAUCUGCAGAUUUUGAGUACAAGAUGGCACAUGCAUUCUCUAUAUAUCUUGCCCAACCCUUACUGGCGACCUCCUUAGCAUUGUUUUCUUACAACUGGUAUCCAUCUUCAGCUUUUGUUGGAGACACUUACACGUAUUUUGCUGGGAUGACUAUGGCUGUGGUCGGGAUCCUUGGCCAUUUUAGUGAAACACUCCUGAUUUUCUUUCUUCCGCAAGUCUUGAACUUUCUCUUGUCACUACCCCAGCUUGCUGGGUUCAUUCCAUGUCCACGACAUCGUCUCCCAAGGUUCGAUCCUGAAACUGGACUGCUGACUGGGACAAAUGAUGGGACGCUUGUGAACUUGUUCCUAAGACAAUUUGGCAGGAUGACAGAGAAGAGACUUUGUGUUUAUCUUCUCAUUUUCCAGGCUCUGGCGUGCUGCUUCUGUUUCCUGUUGAGAUACUUCCUUGCUGGUUGGUAUAAAUAAGGCAAAAAAAAAAAAACUAACUUCUACAAGCAAGCAUCUACAAACAUACAUUUUUGUGAGCAACUCAAUACCAUUGGCAUCAUAUAGAUAAUUACUUUCUGAGAUUCUUGAGAUGGUUACAACAUGUAUCUGUUUGAAUUAGUUUAACAAAAGGGAACAUUCGUAGUACAUGAAAUUACACAUAAUUUGUAUCUUAGCCGUUGGAAGAAAAUAUGUUGUCGUGUUAAAUGACUUAAUCAUCUAGUGUCUACAAUAUUACUUGGAAUUACUGAUU